AUGCAUGCAAGCUUGUCGCAGUUUUGGCUGACAAAAGGCAUAUUGUGUUUUCACUCCCUUCGCUUGCUGAUACGUGAGCAAACCCUCUCUCUCUCUCUCUCUCUCGCUCUUAGCUCUCAAGCUCUCAAGCUCUCUCUCUCUCUCUUGAUUCUCACGUCAUUUUGCUGCAUGUGUGUGUUUGGCAGCGCAACGCUCUCUCUGUCUCUCUCUCACUCUCUCUCUUCCCUCUCUCUCUCUCUCCUCUCUCCUCUCUCCUCUCUCCUCUCUCUCUCCUCUCUCCUCUCUCUCUCUCUCACUGUGCGAGUGACGUGGCGGCGGGAUGUAGCAGACGCGCAGCCACAAGCCCUGGAUGGCGUUGUGCUGAGCGUUCAGGGCAUGACCUGCGGCUCAUGCGUUGCCUCCAUCCAACAGCGCUUCGCCGAUGAGCCCCGCGUUCCUUACGUGGAUGUGGACCUGGCCGAGGCACGCGCAUACUUGGCCUUUGACCCGGCCUCGUGGAGCCCAGGCCGUUUGGCCGAAGCCGUUGAAGACCGAGGCUUUGAUGCCAGCGUCCUCACACCCCACCUCUCCGCCACCCGCCUGUCCAUCGAGCACAUGACUUGCCAGUCUUGUGUGCGCUCCAUCCAGGAUCGGCUUGGCAGCCACGACCAUGUUCACUACAUCAAAGUCGACCUCGCCGGACGAUCGGGCGUUGCCUUGCAUGACCCCGAGCUUACCCCAACGGCCUUGGCUGACAUGAUUGACGACAUGGGCUUUGAAGCUCGCCCCAUCGCCUUUUCAGACCCUUUGGCCCUGCCCCAAACCGACCCUGCAUCUGCAGAGUCCACCCCCGCCGCGACCACCGCCUGGGCCGAGCAACCGUCUCUCAAAAAAUCCGACCUCAAUACCCAUCAGCCACAGCCUAGCGCUAGCAUUCCAAAUGAUGCGCCCCUCGCCGCUGAUUCGCACCGCCAGCUCUAUCAUGUCGGAGGCAUGAGCUGCAGCAGCUGCGUGGCUUUGAUCGAGGGGCGCCUCAAGCGCCUGCCCGGCGUUGAGGAUGUCCUAGUCGGCCUGCUGGCCGAACAAGCAGAGGUCCGCUACGACCACCGCCUCAUCGACAGCGAGAGUCUAAAAAAGGCCAUUGUCGACCUCGGCUUCUCUGCCGAACCAAUGGAUACCAACGACGAGGGCACCAUCACCCUCAUGAUCGAGGGCAUGACGUGCGCCAGCUGUGUCAACUCCAUCGAGACCAAGGUUAGACAGCACCCAGGCGUAGAAGAGAUCUCUGUGAGUCUCUUGACCAAAAAGGCCAUCGUGCACUUUCAAGUUGGUGCCGUGGGCCCACGUGACAUUGUGGAGAUGAUUAAUGACAUGGGCUUCACCGCCAAGUUGCUGGACGACGAAGGCGAUGCUCAAGUUUACGAUCAUUCGGAAACCAUCGCUUACUGGCGAAACAUCUUUGCGUUUGCUGUCCUGUGCUUCAUUCCCAUCCAAGUCAUCAAACUCCUUCCUGACUCAAGCACGGUCACGCACCAAUGCUUCACGGGCGUGUCCUACCGCAACCUCGUCCUUCUCAUCAUCUCGCUCGCCGUCGAUUGCAUCGUGGGCAAACCCUUCUUCAUCUCGGGCUUUGCCAGUCUUCGCCACAUGGCUCCGAACAUGGAUACUCUCAUUCUCAUCAGUGUUGGAUCGGCCUUUAUCUACUCCCUGGUCGAGCUGAUCAACAAUAUGAUCGAUCCCAUGGCCGAAGACCCAUCCUUGUUUUUUGAGACUGGUCCCAUGCUCUUCACCUUUGUAGCGCUGGGCCGGUUUCUGGAACACAUUGCCAAGGCCAAAACCUCGGACGCAUUGCGUGACCUUCUCUCCCUCUCGGCUUCCUCUGCUCGCAUCAUUCGCACCAGCCAAGCUGGCCAUACGGAGGAGGAGCGCGUCGAAAUCAACCUCGUGCAACGCGAUGACAUUGUCAAGGUGGUGGCUGGGGAACAAAUCCCUGCCGAUGGCACGGUCGUCCUGGGUGGAGGCCAGGUGAACGAGGCCAUGCUGACUGGCGAACCCUUGCUGUUGGUCAAGGAAGUGGGCGAUUCGGUCAUUGGAGGCACGGUUUUGGUCACAGAUAUGCUGCACUUUCGCGUCACCCAUGCGGGCAAGGACGCGAGCUUGGCCAAGAUUGUAGGCCUGGUCGAACAAGCUCAGCGCUCCAAGGCCCCCAUCCAACGAAUUGCUGAUACGAUUGCCGGAUACUUUGUGCCUGCCGUCGUAACCUUUGCCGUGCUUACGCUCGGCGUCUGGCUCAUGCUCACCUCACAUGACGUUGUUCAGUCCCCGGCCAACUUGGGUGACAUUGGCUUUUCUUUCCGCUUCUGCAUUGCCGUUUUGGUCGUGGCCUGUCCGUGUGCCUUGGGCCUGGCCACGCCCACGGCCGUCAUGGUGGGCACCGGUGUGGGUGCCAAACUGGGCAUUCUCAUCAAGGGUGGUGAGCACUUGGAAACAGCUCAGCGAGUCACCACCGUGGUGUUUGACAAGACAGGCACGCUGACAACGGGCAAACUGAAGGUGGUUGACGUUGAAUCCGUGGCUGCAUCGGACAGCCCACCAGUGGACACCCAAGCCCUUCUGCGCUAUGUUGCAGCUGUGGAACGCAACAGUGGGCACCCGACGGCCACGGCCAUUGUGGAGCAC